UUUACAUUAAAUACACUUUUAUUAAGGCGUUUGUCUAAAGCAACGCUAUUGAAGAAUAUUUAUGAAAAACAAUUACUUGAGGACUAUAUAAAUUAUGAAUAUUCAAAUAAUUCAUGUUUUAACAAAAUAUCAACACAUUUUCAAAUUCUGAAAGUACAAAGAAUAAACAACCCUCAAAUAUAUGGCAUGUAUCUAUUGCACAAAGAAGAAUUGGAAUUAGAUUGUAAUAGUAAUAAUGUGAGGGAAGAAACCUUGUUUCAUGCAACAUCCAUAAGCAAUGCAGAAAGCAUUGCAAAAGACAAUAUUGAUUGGCGAAAGACAACGCGAAGCAGAUUUGGAGUUGGUGUUUGUUUUUCACCAUGUACGCUUUAUGCUAAUAAACAUGCUAAAUUUAAAAAAGCCUUUAUAAUUGCUAAAGUACUAGUAAAAAAUAUUGAGGCAACAAGCAUUAACUACUUUUUAGAAAUACCGUCAAAAAACGACUGUGACACGACGCUAGGGAACGGAAAUUAUGUAUAUGUAAAAUAUGAUGAUAAUACUUUUUAUCCGGAAUAUAUUGUUCAUUAUUCUUAA